AUGCAUAUCUCGCUGGGAUCCCUCGUCGUUGUCCUCGGGUGUCUGUCAACUGCGCACGGCCUGCAGGCAUCUUCGAUACCCCCCGACACUCCGCUUGCGUCCUUGAUCGCUUCCGCAAAGACACACCUUGCGGGCGGUUCCCCCAGCGAAGCUCUUCUAUAUUUCGACGCCGCCGUCUCCAGGGAUCCUAAGAACUAUCUGACCGUCUUCCAACGAGCCGCCGCCUACCUAUCCCUCGGAAAGAACACACAAGCUCUCGGUGAUUUCGACCGGGUCCUACAGCUGAAGCCGGAUUUCGAAAGCGCCCUGGUUCAACGAGCUCGCCUCAGGGCCAGUUCCGCGAACUGGGAAGGUGCUUUGAGUGAUCUUGAGAAUGCCGGCAAAAAGUCAUCGGACGAAUCGAGGGAAAUCCAGGAGGCUCGAGACGCGAUGGUCUCUGCGCUAAACGCCGAGAAACAGGGCGCCUGGGAAACCUGCGUCAGUCAAGCAAACGUGGCCAUCAUGAGAGCAAACUCGUAUCUCCCCUUGCGACAAGCUCGGGCACACUGCCAUAUUGAGAGGGGUGAGAUUGAGGAAGGGCUCAGUGAUCUUGUUCGUGCGCUACAUAUCUCUCCUGGUUUGGUAGAACCCCAUCUACAAAUAUCGUCGACUCUGUUCUAUGCCAUCGGGGACAACGAUCGUGGUCUCGCGCAGAUUCGCAAGUGCUUACACUCGGACCCUGAUUCGAAACCGUGCAAUAAACUCUAUCGGAGAGAGAAGCAGCUGGCCAAGCGGAUACAGCGACUAGGAGACUUUGUGGAAUCCCGGAAAUUCAACAACGUCAUCAAUCUGAUAGUCGGGGCGGGCGGAGAAAGUGGGCUCCUCGAGGAUGUGAAGGAGGAUGUCGCAGAAGCAAGGACAGCCGGACAUAUUCAUCCCAAUGCCCCUAACAAUCUAUAUGCCUCCUUGGUCGAACGGACUUGCGAGGCUUACCGUGAGACACACAUGAUGAAGAAGGCUUCUGGGUACUGUUCUGAGGCCCUUGAGUUAAACCCCCAUUCCCUGCCAGCGCUAUUAUACAAAGGACAGGUGGCCAUCGAUGAGGAUCGCUUUGAUGAGGCCAUGAACAUCCUCAAUCAGGCGCGGGAACACCAUCCAAGCUGCAAGGAAUGCCAGACACUUCUACAAAAAGCACAUACUCUACAGAGGCGUGCAAAGCAAAAGGACUACUACAAGGUCUUGGGUGUUAGCCGCGACGCUGAUGACCGAACAAUCAAGAAGGCCUAUCGGCAGUUGACAAAACAGCAUCACCCCGACAAGACGACCUCCCAGGGUGUCCCGAAGGAGGAAGCCGAGAAAAAAAUGGCUUCUAUCAACGAAGCUUACGAAGUCCUGUCGAGUGCGGAACUCAGGGAGCGUUACGACAACGGCGACGAUCCAAACGAUCCGGAGUCUCAACGGGGGAAUCCGUUCCAAGGGAGUCCGUUUGGUGGCGGGGGUGGUCAGCAAUUCUUUUAUCAGCAGGGUGGCCCCCAGUUCAAGUAUUCGGGUCAGGGAUUCAACUUCCGGGGUGGUUUUCCUUUCCGAUGA